CUUCCUCCUUCCCCUCUAUAAAAGCCACGCCUUUGCCCCGAUCGAUCGCCAAGUUCUUCCCUUUCUUCUUCUCCUCGAGGAUUUUGUGGAUCUGCGGUUGGGAUGGAGAUCGAUCUGACGCCCAGGUUGUCGAAGAAAUCUUACGGCGGCGACGGCGGCGCCUACUACUCCUGGUCGGCCGAGGAGCUGCCGAUGCUACGCGCCGCCAGCAUCGGCGCAGCGAAGAUUUUGUUGGAGAAGCGCGGAUUUGCGCUCCCCAGCUACUCCGAUUCUUCCAAGGUCGCAUACGUCCUCCAAGGUACUGGAACUUGUGGAAUUGUUCUUCCGGAGGCCGCAAAAGAGAAGGUGCUCACAGUCAAGAAGGGCGAUGCCAUUGCCCUUCCCUUUGGAGUCGUCACCUGGUGGUUCAACCCCAACGACGCUGAGCUUGUGAUACUCUUCCUCGGAGACACUUCGAAGGGCCACAAAGCCGGGCAAUUCACAAACUUCCCCAUCACCGGCAAUAACGGCAUCUUCACUGGUUUCAGCACCGAGUUCGUCGGCCGUGCUUGGGACCUCACCGAAGAUGACUCACGGGACCUUGUCUACGGCCAAGUCAAUUCCGGCAUCAUCAAGGUCAAGGAUGGCCAAGCCAUGCCCGAACCUUCGCCCAAGGAUCGCGACGGCAUGGUCCUCAACUGCGAGGAAGCACCUCUAGACGUGGACAUCAAGAACGGCGGCUGCGUCGUGGUGCUCAACACUAAGAACCUGCCACUAGUCGGACAGGUCGGCCUCGGCGCUGACCUCGUGAGGAUCAACGGCCACGCUAUGUGCUCCCCGGGGUUCUCCUGCGAUUCGGCUUUCCAAGUGACAUACAUCGUCAGAGGCAGCGGCCGCGUUCAGAUCAUCGGCGUCGAAGGCAAGCGAGUCCUCGAGACACAUGUCAAGGGCGGCUACCUCUUCAUUGUGCCAAGGUUCUUCGUCGUCUCAAAGAUUGCUGAUGCCGAAGGAAUGGAAUGGUUCUCCAUCAUCACCACACCAAACCCAGUGUUUACUCACCUGGCCGGAAAGACCUCGGUGUGGAAGGCAAUGUCUCCCGAGGUAUUGCAAGCUUCGUUCGACACCACCCCCGAGCUCGAGAAGCUUUUCCGAUCGAAAAGGACGUCGGAUGAAAUCUUCUUCCCUCCUUCAGAGUCAAGCCAGUAGUUAGUUAUUCUUCUCGAGUCCAAAUAAAGCUCAGCGCAACCGUCGUUCAGCACUCUGAUAGACAUCGUUUGCUGUCUUCUUAAUCUCUACAAAUUAGGCUUUAAUUGUCUCUGUUAUGACUGGGAUCUUCUAUUAUAAUGAUAUAGUUAGUGUUCUUUUUUACGCUAUAUAUGAAUGGUUAAUGACCUAUUUAACUUA